UCUUCUUCUUCUUUCCCUCUCCUCCCUUCUUCUUCUUUCUCUUCCCCUCUCCUUGAUUUAUUGAAGAAAAACCCAAAUCGAGAACUCAAAUUUGGGUUCUCUGGGUUCUCCCUGGAGAAUCCAAUCUGGGUUCUUCGGGAGAACCCAUGUUCUCAAGGACUUUAGCUAUAACAACACGAUUGCCAAGCACAAUUGGCAAGGAAGAUGGCUUUGUACCGUGGGCAACGCUGGUGGCGAAGGCAACCUUGGCAUUGUCAACCUCAAUUGCGAGUGCUAGGACGCCAAGGCCUUGCAAGGCGGAGAAAGCCCAGCAAGUAACAUGGUCAAAGGUGGGGAUGGAAGUAGUUUCUGUAUAAGAAAAUUUCUUAUGUAUAUCAUUAUCCAAGAUUGUUAGUUGGCACAACUUCAUAGAUUGUUGAUUGGGAUAAAUUGGUUGUUAAUUA